AUGAAGAAAUUACAUGGCGAAGAAGAAUCAGGACGUUUUACUAUGAAUGGUGCAUUGGACACCAACAUCUACACAUUUACUUUAGAUGCUCAUGAAAAAGCUUUAAUGGAGGAAAUGAAACUUGAACUUGAAGACACCAUCGAACAAACUCUUUCGCGAUUAUCGAAACUCUAUCGUACCUAUUUAUUAGAUUUUUUAUAUCAACACAGUUAUGAUCAUGAAUCUCGAGAGUUCACUAAUCCUUUCAAUGGUGGUAUUCUCAAGGCUUUUGUCAAUGAUGCACAACAGAUGUUAGCUUCAUUGAAAGCUUUUCAAGCGGCUUUUAAUGGUAAUGAAAGUGAUGUGAAAGAUUUUUUGAAAAGAUUUCCAACGAUGAAGGAUAGACCUGGCCUUCAUAACACCACUCUCCUAUAUUCAGCGGCUCGAAACAAUCAUAUCAAUCUGGUUCGAUAUCUUGUUUUGAGAGCUCGAUGUUCAGUUAAUGCUCAGAAUCAACAACAUAUUAAACGAGCUUUGUCAAAGUCAGCCAGAGAUGAUCCUGAUUUCGUUGCAACUCCAUCGGCUGGUUCAACUGCUCUACAUGGCGCUUGUUUUGGUGGUCGUCUUGAGAUGGUGAAAUUCUUAUUUGAACACGGUGCUGAUUGUUUCCUCAGGAAUCAUGCUGAUGAAACACCAAUCGAUAAUGGCCGAACAAAACCAGAUAUUAUCAAAUAUUUUACAGAAAAUCUAAUUCUAGGUUAUUCAAUCAAAACUGAGGAAUUACCUCAUAUACCAAUUCGUGAAGAAGAUGAAGAUUAUAUGGUCGAUUGUAUUUGGGAAUAUAAACCAUUUAAAGAACAGAAUUGGUUUCCUUUUUCUGCACCGGAAUCGGAAACUCUUCAAGGAUCACUGAUAGUCAAACCAGAACAAGAAUUUAAACGCGAGAUUCAUUUAAGAGUACGUGCUGGAACUUAUGCGGUUUCAUUAAUUCAAUUCCUACGUUCAGGAAAAGAUGCCAGUUUCACUCAAAAAAUCGCUUGGAUCCGUUGUCGAGGUUCAUCAAUCUUAAAUUUCAAUUGUUAUUGUCUAUGGCAAAUUAUGUUUACCAAAUAUCCUCAAGCCGAUACAGAACCAUCGUUGACAAUGUUAACUAUACCAACGGCUUAUAACAGUAACUUUAAAGUUCAUCUUGAUUCAUGGUAUUUCUGCGAUGCCAAGACGAGUGCUCAGUUAGAUCACACUAUGAAAUAUCGACGAAAAUACAUUCGUUUAGUACUUUCUCAUGUCUGUCAGGAUGAAAUGACUUUUGAUUUGCAAACAUUUUCGUUUAAAAAUGACAAUGGAAGUGUUACCGGUUGUCUUCGAUGGAUCCCGAAAAUGAUUUCGAAUAAUUCACGCAACAAAAAUAAAAUUAUUGGUAUUGAUGAUUUUCAAACAUUGGCCAAUUUAGAUCCAAUACCUUUAACUACGGCACGAUUGAUGAAAGUUUUACAAAAAGAUGAUAGCAUGUCCAUUGCUAAUGAUGAUGAUCCUCUCGGAGAUGAAGAAGAAUACGAUUCUGACAUGGAAACAGAUGAUAUUGAAGACAGCGGAGAUAAAUAUAAAGCUAUGAACGAGGUAAAGAACUUGACUGUAACAUACUCACACACUUAUUUUUCAUUUCAGGCACCCACCACUCCUAUCAAUCAAUCUUGGUCCAUACAAGAUCUUGCUGAUGGAACGCGAGAUCCUCAACUGAAUCCGAUGUCGUCAAACCAGUCCGAUGCUUCAGAUGACUUGGAUGACAAACGAAUGGAUGAUUUUAUCAAUGAAGCAGCAGCACAAGUUCGUUCACCACAACAAAAUCGUUUAGAUGAAAAAGUUACUAGCGAUACCUUAGAUGAUAAAAAUUCAGCUGCAGCUAAAGCCCAACUAUUAGAAUUAGAAAAGAAAAACGAUAAAUUGCAACAGGAUUUACAAAAAGAGCAACAACAAAUAGAACAAUUAUUAGAUUCAGGUAGUAAACAUGAACAAGAAGUGAUGAGUUUAUUAGAUCAAAUCGCUGAGAUGGAACAACAACAGAAAGAAAAUAAACGGCAACAAGACAAAUUAAAAGAAAUGAAUAAAAGCAUCAAAACAGUAGAUUAUAACAAUAUUCAACAUGGCGUAAUCCAUCGAUUUUUAACACCGAAAGAUUCGAUCAUUAUUAGUUAUUUACAAGGUUUAAUAAAGAAUCCCGAUCCAUCAUUUAACGAUCGAGUACCGAAAAUCAUUUUUGCUGAACAAAAUAAUCAAUAUAUCGUUACCGUCGUUGGUUUUUCUGCGCAUCAUCAAGGGUUCAAAGAUGUUUUGCAACGUAUUUGGUCAUUGAUGAAUAUCGUUGAAUCAGCCAAAGGUUUUUAUCAACGAAAUGUCAAUCGACAAAUCAAGAAAUUGAUGAAAGAAGGUGUAUUGCGUGUAACAUCAAAAACGCACGGUUGGAAAGAAUACGUCAAAGCCUUUAGUCAAUUAUUAAAAACGUCUAGUGUCGAAUAUGAAAAAAAAUUUCAAGAUUAUCUCGAUGAACAAACGAAUGCCUUGAUUGAUAAAUGUAUCGUGGGCAAAUUACUCACACCUUGGGUAGAAAUUCAAAAAGCAACUGAUCAAUUUUUACAAAAACAUUCACUAAUGAACGAAAUCGAAUCGAUUAAACAUGCGGCAUUAGAAGAAUUUAUCAAAGAGAAUAUCUUUAUUCAACGUACAAAAUUGGAGAAAAAACCGUCAGACGAAUCUGUUGCAGUUCUUCAACAUUUCGUCAAUAAAGUAAAGAACGAGUUUAAAACACAACCGAUGUAUCGAGGCGCUGAACUGAAACAUUUCGCUUUGAUUCCUAAACUUCUUCAACGUCUUGUUCUUUAUUAUGGUUGUUUCAAAGUUGAAUUACCAUUGUAUGAAUCAUCAAGAGAUUUAUUAGAUAAAAUUGAGAAGAAUGCUGUAACAACUAUUUCGACAUCCACUGGAUCAGGAAAGUCCACAUUAUUACCGGUUUUAUUAGUUGCUGAAGGCUAUGAUAAAGUCCUUGUCACUCAACCACGACGUUUGCCAUGUCAAUUGAUUUGUAAACGUGUCAAUGAAACGAUGAGUGACGAAUCCGGAUCAAUGAAAGAUCCAUUAGCUGGUUGGGCAAUCAGUGGUACUGAAAGAAAUCCAAACGCAAAUAUUCUUUACUUAACUGAUGGUUUACUCAAAGAACGAUUACUUUAUGAUUUAAAUUUAAUUACGACAAAUACGAAAUUCAAUAAAUCAGUGGUAUUUUUUAUCGACGAAGUACAUGAACGCUCAGUUAAUAUCGAUCUUUGUCUCUCUUUACUUGCUCGAUUAUUAUCUACUCAACCUGAAUUGAAAACGAAAAUGAAAGUGAUCAUUUCAUCUGCAACACUCGAUGCUGCAGUACCUACAUUAUUUCGUAAUAUUCCUCAAAUUAAUCUCGCAGAAUUCAAAAUGCCAAACAUGGGAACUUUACAUAAAGUUACAGAAAUCGAGCGACGUAAUGAAAAUGCUUUAGAUAUUGUUCAAGAAUUGUGUAAAAAACGUAAACGACAUGAUCAAAUUCUUUGUUUUGUUAGUUCAGUUGGUGAAGUAAAUCAAUCGUGUAAAUUAAUUAAUCAAAUUAGUCGAGAAACAAUUGUUGCCUACCCAUUAAUUCAAUCACAACAUCCCAAUGUUCAACAAUACAACAUCGAACAUGGUACUGUGUUCUUUUCAACUACUGUUGCGGAAACAUCAUUAACAUUUCCUUGUCUUAAAUAUGUUGUCGAUACUGGAAUGAUUAAUGUUCCUGUUUAUGAUUUUGACUUGAAACGAACUGUUCUUCGGGAAGUUCGUGCUGCUCAAUCUACGAUUAAACAACGAUUAGGUCGUCUAGGUCGAACUCAACCGGGUGAAUAUUAUUCAUUGUACGAUUUCAAAGUCGAUGCUGUUCCUUAUCCUAUUCCUCAGAUCUGUCAAUCGGAUCUGAUGAACAUCGAAUUUUCAUUAAGAAAAUCUCCAUUAAAAAAAGGAUUUAACUAUAUGAAAUCAUUUCUACCGAAUAAACCAACACAAAAAGCGAUUGAUACAGUCACUGAACAAUUGAAAGAUUUAGAUAUUUUGGAGAAAGGUUCUAAUGAUAAACUCACAAAACACGGUGAAGAUUUGGCGAAACUACCUGAUUUCGGUUCAUUGGCCAUGUCCAAAGCAGUCUUAGCAGCGCUUUGCAUGUAUAAUUGUGGACGUGAUUUGAUCUGUUUAUCAGCAAUUUUGGGUGUUCUUAAUACAACAGCUCUGUUAAAAAGUCUACCUCAACAUCUGAAAAGUCCCGAUGGAGACUUUAUGACUUUAUUAAAAGUAAUGGACGAAAUUCUGUUAGUAAGACAGAGUAUUCCAGCAAAACAAUUCAAUCUCGAUCAAGUAUGUCAAUCAAAAGGUUUAAAAGAGAUUCAACAUAUUAUUCGUCAAGCAUUGAGACGUUAUCAAACAUUAGAAGUAACUUUUAAGCAAUCACCUGAUUUCUGUGCACGAGCUCAAAUACAAUCAGGAGAUUGGGAAGUGGUUGCCAGAUCGUUAUUAGCAGGUUAUUCGGACAAUGUCUUUGUUUCGAUGAAAGAAUUACAAGAUCGAUCUCAUUUAUUUGUUCGUUACAAUAAUCGAGGUGAUAUAGCUAAACUUGAUUUACAAUCCACACUAACACGACCGAUUAGCACAGCUCCAGUCUCGCUUGUCUUAGCUCGAGAUAUUCGUCAUUCGACAGCUGUCCGAGCCACAGCAAUCAUUUCUUUUGUUGGCGAAAUUAAAGCUGAAUGGCUUGAAUAUAUACUCGAACGUGAACUUGACUUGUCAAACGAGGAAGAAACUUAUCUUAACACAGCAAAUCGAUAUUCUACUGCUCAUGCGAAAUUCUCCAAUCGAAUCAAUAUGUCAUUAGGUAGUCAAAAGAUGAAAUUCAAAGGUUCAUCCGGUAUUGUUCUCGAUGCUGAAUUACAUCUUCGACAACAAAUGAUCUCCGAGUUGAAAUUUAAUUUGUCAAAUACACCGAAUCCAGGUGAUGAUUCAAAUUUUACUCGAAAUUUAGUACUUAUUUUGAAAAUGAUCAAUAUUUUUAAUCCGAUGAAAUGGCGAUGGAUUGCAGAAAGACAAGUAGAAAUUACGAUAAAUAGCAAUACGGCAACAAAAACUUGUGAAAUUAUCGUCAAAGGCAGAGAUUCCGAUAAUAAAAAAGUGAAGAGAGAAUUUGAUGUAUUUAUUGGCUGGUUGCGAACUUGUGCCGUUAUACGACAUCCGAAUGAUUAUGUCAGUCCACGUGUACUUCGUCCUGCGAUGCGUAAAGAUUGUCGAGAUAUUGAAGAAAGAAUUAGUCGUGUCACCGAUACAAAACGAACACCAGUAGAUUUAUACAAGGGUGUCCGAGGUAGUCAAGCGACACGUGAAACACGUAUGGAAGUGGUGGCAUGGAUUGCAAUUUGCAAAUUUGAUUGCAAAUUAGAAGGUGGUUUCGUUCGAGAUUGGAUUGUUGGUCAUUACACAGCACGAAUACCCGGUGUCACCGAUCCUAAAACAUGGAUUGAUACCAGUGGUCCUAUGCCAGCUUUAAAAAAAGAAAUAGUUCCAUGUGAUUUGGAUUGUCAUUUAUCUUCGCAUAUGUAUUUCGAUAUUGAAAAAUUUCAAGAUGAAUUGUAUAAGUAUGGUAUCACAUGUAAGGUGGUACGUGAUUAUUGGCGAUAUGUUCUAUUAUUUGACGAGAAUGAACCUACAGGUCCGUUUACCAUGGAUUUAAUUGAACCACAUGUCGCAUUGACACAUGAUCGAAUUGAUUUGGAUGUGAAUAAUUUAUCAUUGGAAAAAGAUUAUACACAUGAACUUGGAAUGCGUAUUAACAUUCAGCGAAAGCCUUAUGAAAUUGAAUUGGAAAAAAUUGUCAGUAACAUUAAAAAUAAACGCUUUAAAGUUCUUCGUCCUUUGGAUCAAUAUGUUAAACAGCGUAUCGAAAAAAUGGAACAACGUGGAUGGACACAAGAUUUACCCGCGAUAUCAGUCAUACCUGAUCCACAUUCCAAAUAUUAUGCCAUUUUAGUGCCAUUACCACCGACUGCUACUCUCUAUCUGGACGUUUCGACUAAGAUGAAAAAUACUAUUCCUGCGGCCCAAAUUAUCUCGAUUGAAGAAAUUCGAAAUCCAUAUCUAGAAGAAACCUAUGAAGGUAUGAAGAAACUUAUCGCCAAACAAUGUUCAAAUCAAAAUCCAAACGAACAAGAAUUAUUUCAUGGUACAAAAAUUAAUGGAAUUAAAGGUAUUACAGAAGACGGAUUUGAUGAUCGAUAUUUUAAUAAAGGUGGUUUGUACGGUCACGGUGCUUAUUUUGCUGAUGAUCCAAACAAAUCGCACGGUUAUACUGAAAUAAAUACAGCAGAUAACACACGUGUAAUGUUUUUCAACAAGGUAGUCUUAGGAAAACCAACAACUUUAACUGCUACAGACAAUACGCUGGUCUCAGCUCCGCAUCCAUUUCAUUCGGUAAUUGGAAAACAUGCAGCAAUGACUGAAUACAUCGUUUAUCGUUAUGGUCAAGCUCUACCCUAUUUAAAAAUCGUUUACAAAGCCUAA